GCGAACAUUUCUCGACGGAUAUAGUCGAUAUUUUUUAUUUUUUUGAAAUAGUAAAGAAAGCGAAUUGAAAAAAAAGAAAGAAAUCAAAGAUCGUCUGGUGCGGCAGUAUAUAAUAUUUCAAUUCAAUAAGUGAAAUUUUUAUCAUGUAAAUACUAUGGCGAACAAAAUCUAUUUUAAAAAACAUUGGAAACCGCCAUAUCAAAUUUUGGAAUGUAUAUUAAUUUUCAUACUUUUAAUAUUCAACGCCAAUGGACAGAACACCAGCAGUGAGAAUACUACAGAUGAUAUUGAAAUACAAGUGGAAAAGACAUCAAAUAGUUUGGCAUUUACUGUAGUUGACACAGAGAAAUAUGAACUGCAAAAUGUAACAUGUAGAAGUAUCAAAAAUGUUGAAACGGCUGGAAAUGAGAAUCAUAUUUGUUUAGGUCUUGAUCCAUGUUCCACGUAUUUGGCUGUACUGACAAUAAAACAAUUAACUGAUGAAAAUCAACAAAUGGUUGAAAUAACACGAGACGAAAAAACUGAAUAUCAAGAGCCAGUAGUAUUGAUUGACGAAAUUUUGACGUCGACAGAAUCUAUAAAUAUUACUUGGACAACUGAAUAUCGUACAUGUGUCCUAAAUUAUCAAGUUGAAGCAGUAACAGCCGGUAAUACAUUUCAGUCUACUUUAGCGAAUGAUAUAAAUUUUCAAUUAUUUGAAUCUUUAAGUCCCUGUCGAGAGUAUACAAUUACCUUAAAAACAUAUAAUAUAAAUAGUACGCUGAUUUCAACACAGACAAAUAAAAGCACUACGGAAUAUGAAGAACCCGGAAAUGUUACUUUAAGUAUCGUACCUUAUGAAAAUGCCCAAAUGAAGGUCACUUGGGGACCGUUAACACAUACAACUUGUGUUAGGUAUUAUUACUUGAAAUGGUUUAUUAAAGAUUGUGAUGCUACUGAUGCGAACACUUCACAUACUUUUACUCUGUUGGAUGAUUCCGUCGAAGACGGCAAUAGCACCACAACUAUACCAGAUGAAAGUAUACAAUGCGAAUGGAAUGCAAAUCUAACAGAAGCAGCUACAAACGAUUAUGUUAUCGGUGGUUUAGAGGGAUGCGAGGAUUAUAUAUUUCAGAUCUACAUAAAUAACAAUGUAACCAUAAAAUCAGAGCAAGCAUUUGUAUCUCCAGAACAAGUACCUAGCGCCGUUUCAAUUAUAUCAACCGAUAUUGGAAAUUCAAAUAUUUCACUAAUAUGGAAUCCUCCAGUUCAUCAUCGAAAAUGUGUUAAAGAUUAUUUUGUUGAAAUAAAAGGACCCCAACAAAGACCUAUUCUUGAACCGCCACCCAAAAACACCUAUACUGAAGAUACAUAUACAGAUUUUGAUGAUUUAGAUCCUUGUGGUAAAUACAAUUAUACUAUUACACCUCGAUCAAGAAACGAAUCAUUGGGACAAUCGUUUUCUCGAACAUUUGAAACACUUGAAGGCAGACCUUCGGCUGUGCAAUAUGUUACCAUCGUUUCUAAGCCUUUAUCGUUUCAAAUUUCAUGGGAACCUCCUGCAUAUGCUGAUUUAUGUUUGAAUGUUUAUCGCCUAUGCGGUUGGGACAAUGAGAACAAAAUGAUUCCAGAAUUUGAUCAAUCGACCCCAAAUACAUCCAUAUUCAUUGAUGGGCUAAAAUCCUGUAUGACAUAUACAAUUCAAAUAAUACCAACUACGAAAUCAAUGGAUGGCGAACUUUUGCAUAUUGAAGAAGAAACCGCUUCCAUGGUAGCCCCAGCACCUGAAGUUCAAAUGAUGGGUGUCUAUCCUACAAAAUUUGCAAUAAGUGCACGUGAGUCAGAUGUUAAUAACAAAUGUGCCACAAUAUUUGCGCGAAUAGUUUGUAUUGCACGUGGUCCUGCCCCAAUUGCAGUGGCAGAAAAAUACGUCAAAGGUCAAUUGGUAAUUCUUUUUAAUGCCGAAAUAGGACCCCUCUCACCUUUUACCGAAUAUGUCUGCAACACUUCAUUCUUUAACAUUGCAGGCUGGUCUGCUAAUAAGACAUUUGUCCAAAAAACUGAAUCCUAUUUUCCCAACAGGCCUGAACAUUUGAGUCUUAAGACCCGAACAAAUUCUACGCUGUCAUUUACAUGGACGCCUCCCCUUUAUGCAAAUGGCAUUAUUAGUUUAUAUAUUUUGUAUUUUCAAUUUGUGGAGGCAGGAUAUGGAAUUCCUAGCAGAUGUAGCGCAUACUCUUCCGAUCCAGUUAGCCGAGAAUCAUCGGUCUUGGAAUUAUUAUUUAACGAUUUAAGACCUUACACCCGAUACAGUAUACAAGUAGCAGCUAAGAAUGAAUUUGGCAUAGGAGAGUAUACUCCGCCAAAUGUGGUUAUUACUAAACCAUGGAUUUCUGAUCCAAUAACAAAUUUAAAAUCUACACCAAAUGGCCCAUCUGAGACAGACUCUGAAUACAAAGCCUAUGUGAUUUUAAGCUGGUUUUCACCUUGCAAAUCAAAUGGCUUAAUUGAAUAUUUUCUUUUGGAAUUUACCGGCAGUCGUCAAGAUUACGACACUGUCCACUUUCAAAGAGAAUUUCAGGCUGAGUUCAAUAGUGAUGGAGUUGUCAUAUUCAAUGAAACGAAUUUGAGACCCGAAUAUAGUUACAGUGUUUCAGUUUCUGUUAAAACCAAAGAUGUUGAUAUUUUCAGUACAGCUGUAAGAGAUAAAUUUGAAUCACCUGCUGGAAUUCCUAAUAAACUAGAGGUUGCCGAUAUAAAUAAAUCUCGUGUGGAGGCCUAUGAAAAUAGUAAUCCUUCUAAGACGGCCAUAGUUCGUUUUCCUGCUGAUAUCUUAGAAUCCGAUUCAGGAACAAUUAUGUAUGUGGCUUUAUUAUUAUCGCAAAAGGAUUGCGAUAAAAUACAAUUGAGAUAUGGCGCAAUGAAUACAAUUUUAGAAUGGCCUACAACAAAAUCAUGGAACAAUGUUUAUGAAGACAAAAAUUCCGAUUGUAUUACACAAUAUCAAACCACCCCAGCACACUGGAAUCCUCGUUCUAGGAGAGCUGCAACAAGUAACGAAAUAGAGUUUGUAAUUGGAACUGAAGAUUGUGUUGGCUCUUCAUCAGCGUAUUGUAAUGGUCCUCUGAAGCCAGAUACCGAGUAUAGUUUAGUUAUUCGCUUGUUUACAAAAUCGGGAUAUAACGAUGCCGCUAUUUUGGAAUUUAGAACAGAUGCUUUAAUUGAAUUGACAAUUAUAUUGGCCAGUGUUUCGAGUUGCCUGCUAUUGGCAUUUAUAGCUGGCUUUAUUUAUCUAUGGGUGACAAAACGUAUAAAAUGGCAACGUGAAUCUUGUCACGGCAUUGAGGACUCAUUUGGUGAUAUAAUAGCUAAAAAUUUUGCCAUUUUCUAUCGUGACCUUUCGAAACCAGAAAAAAUUGCACGCGAAUUUAAAGAGUUAACGGCUGUUGCUUUGGAUCUAAGUUAUUCUGCUUCCGAAAUGGGUUACAACAAAAAUCGUUAUGCCGAUAUAUUUCCAUAUGAUAAAAAUCGUGUCAUUUUGGAUAUCGAUGCAGAUGGAUCUGACUAUAUAAAUGCUUCGUUUAUAGAUGGUUACCGGAGGCGCAAAGAAUAUAUUGCAACUCAAGGUCCUAAACCAGAAAGUACAAAAGAUUUCUGGCGUAUGGUAUUACAACAUAAUGUUAGAGUUAUUGUAAUGGUCACCCAGUUCAGGGAAGGUGAUAUUAUAAAGUGUCACGAAUAUUUCCCCCUAAAAUCAAAAGGCAUCAAUGUUAUUGUAAAGAAGAAAGAUUCAUUUGAUCUUUAUGAUCGCACUGAACUAUCAGUAACACAUGAAACUUUUGGGCUGAAACAAAAAGUUGUACACUUUUAUUUUAAGAAAUGGCCAGAUCACGGUUGUCCCACAGAUCCCACACAUUUAAUAACAUUCAUACGCAAAGUUAAGGUGGAAAAAAUACCCAGUUAUUCGCCGAUCGUGGUUCAUUGUAGUGCAGGUGUCGGCCGAACUGGUACCUUUAUUGGACUCGAUAUCAUUAUGCAGCGUCUAAAGAAUGAAUCAAAAAUUAAUAUUUACGAAACCGUUAAGAAAUUACGUUUUCAACGAAUGAAGAUGGUACAGACUUUGGCCCAGUACACGUUCCUUUACACUUGUGCUUAUGAACUGGUAAAACAUAAAAACACCCGCUCCAUUCUCAAGGAGGAUAGUAAAACGCAAAAGAAAGUUAGCUUUGAAAGUGAUCCCGAAAGCAAUUCGAGUGGAACGAGAAAAAUUAGUGACAUUUCUCGCAACGAAUCCGAUAUGAGCUCAAUCCUUAGUGAUAAUCCAAGUGCUCUGGAGAGAUCUAAUCGGAAUACAAGUGGUACCACAAUUCCGAUUAGAUUUAGUAGUAUUAUUAAAGAGCCAAAUAAUAAUCCUGAUAAUAAUGAAAACGAUGAAAGUUUCAUGUAAAUUUAUGUAUGCAUGAAAUAUGGAGUUAUUAUUUUAUUGUAAAUACAUAUAGUAUACAAAAAGAAAUAUAAUAAUUCUAUAAAAUGGUGUCACGUCUAAAUAAAUUUAAAAUAAAUACUAAUUAAACGAA